CUUGUUGUUUGAGCCUCAGCAUAUGGUUUUUUUUUUGCCUUUUCUGCUAAACUAAAACAAAGUACAGACUGGGUGGGAACACUGCAUGUGUGGAUCCAGCUACAACUCGGACAGCUUUUAUCCGCUUGAUCUCCACCAGUGGACACUUUGCUCUUUAGCUGCCGAGGGAUUUUCCAUGCCCUGAAUUUCGCAUUAGGAUUUUACUAAGAGCCGGUUGUUCUUCAGAGGCCACUGGUGUCAUUUGAUCAUUUUUUGGGAUAAACUUGAGGAUUUUAUCAGCUUGAAAAAUGGAGUUCGACUGUUAUCAGCACUAUUUUCUCGAUGAUUUUGACACUGAGGAGGAUUUUUACAAGUCAACCGCACCAAGCGAGGACAUUUGGAAAAAGUUCGAGUUGCUGCCCACCCCUCCCAUGUCUCCAACCCGGACUCUGAGCGGUGCUGCUCUGCACCUCUCCUCGGGACAUAAGCGGAGCUGGCUGUCCAGCGUCUUGGGUCAGGACGAGGAGGGUGAGGGUCAGUUCAUCCCGGACACGGAGGAGCUGUUCGGCAACCUCAGUUCCAUCAUCAUCCAGGACUGCAUGUGGAGUAGUUUCUCUGCUAGUAAGCAGCUUGAGAAGGUCAACGGGAGACUGUCAGCUGCGGCACAGACCGGCGUCCCCCCGGUGGCACACAUCUCCGUGAGACAGAGCAAAGCGCAGUGCGUCUCGCCCCCCGGUGGCCCUCUCGCCACCUCAGCGACAGACUGCGUCGACCCCGCAGCUGUUCUCACCUUCCCGGCAAGCAGCUGCAGGAAGCCGGCGUCGUCUGGCUCCGAGUCUCGCUCUGAUUCCUCUGAUGAUGAAGAGGAAAUUGAUGUGGUCACUGUGGAGAGCAAGCAGAACCGGGUGCGGCUGGUGAAUGUCCGAAAACCAGUGACCAUCACGGUCCGUGCAGACCCCUGCCCAAAACGCUUCCACAUGUCUGUGCACCGGCAGCAGCACAACUACGCCGCCCGCUCCCCAGACAGUGAGCCAGAAGCUGAAGAAGAAGACGAAGAAGAAGAUGACGACGAAGAGGAGGAGGAAGAGGAAGAGGAGUAUGAGGAAGAACCUCAAAGCAAACGUACAUGCACAGGGUCCAGUCAGCGCCUGAGCUCAUCGGCUUGUGUCUCCCAGACAUCGUCCCCAUCAGAGUCCCCUCAGAACUCAGACACAGAAGACACAGACCGCAGAAGGAAUCACAACUUCCUGGAGAGGAAGAGGAGGAAUGACCUCAGGUCCCGCUUCCUCGCCCUGCGGGAUCAGAUCCCUGGUCUGGAGUCAGCCAAGACUCCGAAGGUGGCCAUCCUGACUCAGGCAACAGAGUACCUCACGGAGCUGCACACCAAGGAGAAACGGCAGCUCCAGGAGAGGAAGCGCCUCAAAUCCCGACAGCAGCAGCUUCUCCGCAGGUUAUCUGAACUGAAGCGCUCUUGAGGCUGCUUCCAAAAUAAACUGCUUCACACAGACCAGAACUUUUCCCUCAAGUUAUCUGUCACUUUUGAAAAGCUACCAUUUUUUUUAUAACAACAUGCCUCAUGUAAAUAGUUGUGAUUUUUUGUUUGGAAAAAUGCUGUGGGCUUCCUAUGAAUUGACUGUGCUGCCCUAUGAACCUGUUAUUGGGGAGGAGCAGUUAGUGUGCUGUGUUUUUUUUUCUUUCUGUUGCACAGUGUCUUAGUCAUGGACAGGGGGUAAUUGAAUUGAUUUUUAUAGCUAUGACCAAGAUAUUUCCUGGUAUGCUGUGAUGGGAAAUGAGAGCAGAGCGUGUUAAUAGUUUACCCGUGUGAUAGUGAAUUUGUAGCCUUUGAAAUUUGUGUGGAAUGUGUGUGUUGCUUUGAAAUGUCUUCAUUUCAUCGUUGCACACUUACAUUGGAGUGAAUUGUAAAAAGGCCUUGCUGUGUACAUAUGAAUGAGUGAGUCAGUUUGUUGUUUAAUGACUGAUUGCUUGAUGUACAAAAUGUUGAGUAAAUUAUAGCUUAUUACUCCUGGUGAAGGAGACAAAAAUCAAAAGUUGGCAUCGAAUUUUUCUCCUCCUGGAUGACGUGCCAGCAGGCACCGAGGAGCUUCUAUUUUGUUAAGAAAAUAAGAAAAAAAUCACAAAAAAAGUAAUAAAUAGCACUGCUGUACUUUAUUCACACGUCACUUUGUAAUUACAAUGCUUCUUCUGAUUUUGGUUGAUUUUAAGCAUGCUAACAGCAACAUUAAAUUUUAUACCACAUUUGCAUACAAACCCGAAUUCUUUGUUUUUUAUUUAAAUAAAACACAUUACACUGUUGA